AUGAGAAGUAGGGAAACGUCAGAGCCCGGAAAUUCUCUGGAAACGUCGGCAUUGUUGACAUUUAGCUCGAAGUACUGUGAUUUAAUAGUGAUUUAUUUAAUAUUGCACAAAUCUGAAAUCAUGGCCGAAAAGAUUCAGCAACUUGAGUCUGUAGUAAUUCGCAACCUCAGACGGUUUAGAGACCGAUAUUUUCCAGAUAAAGUUGCUAAAGAUAUCUUGGUGCCUGCUGUAAAUCUUGGACAACACGAUGCACAAUCUGGAUUUUUGGACACCUUACCGGUGGAUGUACAGUUUCUGAUUAUGACCUUUCUAUCUCCUGCGGACAUCUGCCGCCUGGGAGCCACUAGUCGGUACUGGAGGGCCAUGGUUAGGGAUCCAUUGCUGUGGAGGUACUUCCUGCUGCGGGACAUGCCAUACUGGUCCUCCAUUGAUCAUGUGAGCAUGCCCAAUCUGGAGCUGCUGGAUGCACCAUUAGUCAGCGAAGACGAGAGCCUGGACGAUAGAGAAGAGGGGGAAGAGAGAGGGAUGGAGCUGAAAUUUGACUGCAUGUCUGAAUACCUAAAAGGCUGCCCAUCCUGCAGAAAGCAAUGGCUUCCUUCACGGCCGGCAUAUGAGGUUGUGACCUCUUUUCUUCAGUCUCUGGUGCCCUCAUCUGAACCACGUUAUGCCAUGUUUGGCCCUGGCAUGGAGCAGCUGGAUGUCUCUUUAGUCACGAGGCUCAUGUAUUCCCCAGACAUUCUUCCUGUGUCAGGAAUUCCACACAGACAAAUAAAUGGUGUUGGCUCAGGGAUCAGUUACGUGUUCAACAACCAACACAAAUUUAAUAUCCUGACUCUAUAUUCAACCAACAGGGCAGAGAGGGAAAGAGCCAGAGUGCAGCAGCAGAGCAUCAGUAAUAAGCUCUUUACUUUUGAAGGAACCGAUGAGUCGGGUGACCCGGUUUAUAGUCCUGCUCCUCAGGUCCAACAAGUGUGCCAGGUGGUGGAUGGUUUCAUCUACGUAGCCAAUGCAGAGCCUGGGAGAGGUGAGAUUACAGGGGAAGGGAUAUCAGAGGUGAUCCAGCUUCGUGCUGUGGUGAACUGUGCUGGUGCUGCCACAUCCAGGCCUCUGCUGGUGCUCUCCUGUAUCUCCAGAGAACCUUCACAACCAGCUCAAACAAAUGGCCAACAUAACAAUACAGACGGACUCAGCACCAGGUGUCGAACUCCUUGUGUUGAAAUGGCAAAGAGACUCGGCCUGCCCCAGCUGUCGAACCGCUGGAUGGUGCAGGACGCAGUUGCAGAAUCUCUGUCAGGUCUUCUGGAUGGCAUUUCCUGGUUACUGAGAUGUUCGGGAGUCAAACUCUACGGUAGCUAGUUUCCUGACUGCUGCUGUUGCUGCCGGAUGAAUUGAAUCCAGAGAACACAUUGCUACAUCCUCCUGACACCGAUUCACACUGCGGUAUUUUCUGAGUAAUGUGUACCACGCACGCUCUGAAUGUUUCUGGACUGGAGCGCUGCCCGUGGAAUUUAAUGAACUGCAUGAGCAGAAAAGGAACUGGGUUGAUAACUGUUAUUAAUCACGUUUAUCUAACGUGUUAGUAUUUACAGAAAGAUCAAUACAUCGUAAUUAUAGCAGGACAGAAGGUUAUACAAACACAAGUGAGCCACAAACCUUUGUUGAACACUAUUUUCUGCCCUAUAGCAGAACAAUAAAUGGUUGAUGCUGUAAUAACAAUCAUUUCACAGAAAAGCAGGAAGACACAGAAACACAGGCUCUGGUGUAGAAAUAGAAAAUGAAAAAUGCUGUGAAAUCCACACUUUGAUCCAAUUUAUUACCACCUUGCAGUGAAACGUUUACAUGUUAAGCUCUAAUGGAAAUAUAUACGUUACUUUAAUUUAUGCACAUCAUGACAUGGCAUGGUGAUGUGCUAAUGGGUCAGGUGGUCCUGUUGUUUAACAGACAUUGAUUGUGCAAUUUUUAGACAUUUUUACGACGUAUUUUCAAUGCUUUAUUAGAAUCAUAAUUACAUACAUAAAAAAUAUUUUAAAUGUAGUAUUAUGUGCCAACAGUCCUUCAACAAAACACCAUCCUCUGUAACUUACAGACGCAGAUUUUUAAUCAAAUGAUUUGCGGACAUUUACUGCAAAGGAAUGACUGUUCGAGUUAAAAAUACAUUAAAAGCAAUUUAAUAUAUGAAGAGUUAAUUUGAUCAAUUUUCAGAGAACUUUUUAUUUUAUUGUUUACUUGAGAUAAUAUCAAUCAAACUGAAGUUGGUUCAACAAAGCUUUACAUCUCCCAACGUAAAGCUGUGCAAAGACACAACCAGGUUCAAACACAGCUUUGAAAUGUCCCCAGGCAGACAUAUGGAUUUCCACACCAUAAAGGUUAUUACUGAGCUUUCUCCCACAGAUAAUUCAGAUGAUGGCCAUUUCUACAAUGUCUGAAAAUCCAUAUCUGCUACUUUCAUGUGUGGUAAGCCUGAAAAUUACAUGAAUUCUCUUCUCGCUUCCCCAUUCUGGUUCAUACUGCAUGGAAAUUAUAAUGACACUGUUCAUGUCUACAUUUGUAUGUGCUGGUUUACUAAAUCUAAAUUCCAGCGCAAUACAAUCAUUGCAUCUCUCUCCUAAUGUGUUAAAGUUGUGUUUGCGAUCUGAAAAUUACCACCAAAUUCAGUGUCCCUGGUGGUAGUGUUCACAUGCUGUAAUGACAACAAUAGAAUAAUUUUUACAGCAUGUAAGACAUUAAAGAUAAUGGGCUUCA